UUUUUACUUAUGCACCGCUAGAAAAGCAAUGGCGGCCAGUGUACAUGUUUAACAUAAAUUUAAUUAUUUUUCCCGUGCUUUAUGCAUAAAACCGUGUACAAGUUGGUGUAGAAUUCCAGCCGGCGGAUCUGUCAUAUAUGUACCAUUGAUUUUCGUUGAGAUUCACAAUGCCUUCUAAACGAAAGCGAGGUUCGGACAAGCCAGAGGAGGGUGAACGUUCACCAACACCGACGUCUGCUUCUGCACCAAAGAAAAAGAAGAAAGAGUUGCAAUAUGAUCCCGAUCUACCCUCUACGUCUCAGGGGGACGACAUUGACUUUGCUGAGAUCAUACAAGAGUUGUUUGAGACAAUACGUAAUUACAAGUCCGAUGAAGGCAAGCUGCUGUGCGAAUCGUUCAUUCGUGUUCCCAAACGCAGGACCAGUCCAGACUACUACGAGGUAGUGAGUCAGCCAAUGGAUAUGAUCAAGAUACAGCAGAAGAUGAAGAUGGACGAGUAUGAGGAGAUCGAGCAGCUCACCACUGAUGUGGAGCUGAUGGUGAACAACGCCAGGGCUUACUACAAGAAAGGCAGUCAGGAGUACAUAGAUGCGACGGACCUGCUGGACCUGUACUAUGAGAUCCGAGAUGAGUUGCUGGUGGAAACUCUUGGGGACAAGGAUGUGGUUGAUGAUGACGAGGAGGAGGAGGAGGGGGUGGAGGAAUCACACGAGAACCUCGAUCAGCUCAAGUCGAAGAUUGCGUCAAUAGUUCAACAAGAGAGCGCCAAAAUCAAGGGACUUUCUUCGGAAUCCGAAGACGACAGUGGUUAUGAUUCAGAUGACUUUGAGCAGCUGUUUGCCGCGCUUGUCAACGCCCAAGAUGGCGAGAGAAAAAUCAGCGAACCUUUCCACCUGCUGCCAUAUAAGACACUGUACCCGAACUACUAUGACGUGAUACUAGAGCCCAUAGACUUGAAGAUGAUAGCCAAGAAAGUGCUUGACAACGAGUACCGAACGCCUGACGACAUGGACAGGGAUGUCACCCUGCUGGUCAAUAACGCAAAGACUUUUAAUGAACCCAAGUCUCCUAUUUAUAAGGACGCCUGCAUUUUGAAGAAAGUGUUCGAUGCCAAGAAGCGAGAAGUGGAGCUGAGGAAAUCGACCAGCAAGUCCAGUGAAAGGUUGAGAACUCGGGGGUCCUCCACCAAUCAAAAACUAUCGGCACAAAUUGCCGCGCUCGAGUACCCAGAGCCCAUCGACCCGACUGAUAUAAUGGAAUACGAGUCUGACUCCGGUGCAGAGACCGUUAUGUCCGAAGAGGAGAAUCCCAUGUGGCAUCUGUUUAACGCCGUGAAGAAUUACACCUCUGUCGAGGGCUUGAGGAUUGUCGAGCCCUUUCUGAAGUUGCCGAGUAAAAGGUACUAUCCUGACUACUAUGAAGAAAUUGAGAAGCCCAUUUCUAUUAACAACAUCCACAAGAAAAUCAAGACUGGUUUCUACACCGGACUGGACCACCUCAUGCAGGAUCUCACCCUGGUGUUUGAGAAUGCCAAGCAAUACAACGCUGACGAGUCAGUCAUAUAUAAGAAUGCCUGCUUACUGCAGAAAGUCUUGCGGGAAAAGAAGAAAGAACUGGAUAAGUUUGGAUUCAAGGGCACUCCACCAGUGGCUGUUGAUAAGAGUUAUGAUGAUGACAGCUUGACUAAAAAGAAGAAAAGUUUGACGCCAAGUGACGCUGACAAGAAACGUGGCAUUCAGAAGAAAGUGUUCGAUGCCGAUGAGUUACUGAGAAAGAGGCUGUGGUCAUUGUACAAGUCAGUGCAUGACUACGCUGACAACACCGGCCGUCUGCUGCGACAGAUAUUCAUGUACCUACCCAUGAAGAAGGACUACCCUGAUUAUUACAAGGUCAUCACCGACCCCAUUGACCUUAGCACCAUAGAGACAAAAAUCAAGGGGAACAAGUACCCUUCGGAAUACAAUCUGAUGUCAGAUUUCGACCUGAUGUUCAAGAAUGCUCGCCACUAUAACGAGGAGGGCUCUCAGGUGUACUCAGACGCCCAGACGCUGGAGAAAGCCCUCAAAGCAAAAUGGAGGAUAUUAAAUCAGAGUGCUGGGACCCCAAAGGGCAGCAAGUCAAAGAGCCGUAAAGGUCCCACACCUACAAGUCUUGCUGCGCGUCUCCAAGAUCUGUACGAGUCCAUCAGGGAUUAUCAAGACGUGAGGGGGCGGACACUAUCAAGUCCCUUCAUGAAAGUCCCUGCAAAGGCAGACUACCCUGAUUACUACGAGGUCAUCAAGAAGCCGAUGGACAUGUCAUCGAUAUCAUCCAAGAUGAUGCAGAAAAAGUACGAGUCUAUCGAAGACAUGGUGGCUGACUUUGUUCAAAUGUUUGACAAUGCCUGCAAAUACAAUGAACCAGAUUCUCUCAUCUAUAAGGACGCACUCACCCUACAGCGCAUCUGCCUUGAGAAAAAGGCAGAGCUGUGUGAUGAUUUCUCCAAUGAGGUUCCGGACGUGCGUGCCAACGUGCAGGAAAUGAUGACCAAUCUAUUUAUAGCUACAUACAACAGCCAAGACGAAGAGGGUCGAUGUUAUUCGGACUCUUUUGCGGAACUUCCCGACCGGGAUUCCGGCAUGGACCCGAAUUCAGUGAAGCCUCUGACGUUUGACAAGAUCAAGAGGAACUUGGAUAGGGGCCGCUAUCGGCGCAUGGACCGGUUCCAGGAAGACAUCUUCAAGGUGUUUGAGAGAGCCCGGGCUCACAGCCGCUCAGAUUCGCAGUUGUAUGAGGAUGCUGUUGAGAUGCAGAUGCUCUUCAUCAAGCGACGGGACGAGAUAUGCAAGAACGGAGAGAUACUUCUCACCCCCGCCCUGAGUUACACAGAGAAACACUUGAGCACCAUCAUAGAGUCUGAGAAGUACGCCAAGGCCGUGGCAGAGCAGCAUGAGGACUCCGUCAAGCCUGCAGAGCCCGACAUGAGCACGGAGGUCGCCAAGGCACAGGAGGGAGACGAUGAAAACAGCCUCAAGUGCAAUGACCAGGUGUACCACAUCGGGGACUUUGUCUACAUUGAACCCAGGUGUUUCUCUAAGUCUGGAAGAUUGCGCCGUAAAAAUAAGAAAUACCAGAAAGACCAGAGAGACUCUGAUUCAGAGCCCCACAUUCUCAGUGUGGAGAAGAUAUACACAGACAAGUCAGGACAGAAACAGGUUUACGGGAACUGGUUCUAUCGGCCCAACGAGACGUUCCACCUGGCUACCAGGAAGUUCCUGCAGAAAGAGGUCCUGAAGAGUGACGUCUACGCCAGCCAGGACCCCAACCAGAUCCUGGGCAAGUGCUAUGUGAUGUGCGUCAGAGAGUACUUCAAGCUCAAACCUGAGGGAUUCAAUGACAGUGAUGUCUAUGUGUGUGAGUUCCGCUAUAACUCUAGGAUGAAGUCAUUCAAGAAAAUAAAGAUAUGGUCGGUCCCACAGAAUGAGGAGAUGCGUCUAGUGGAGCGUGAAGUGCCGCUGCAGCCGAUAAGAGUUGCAUCUGUGUUUGCUGACCGUGACAAGGAUGACAUUGACGACGGGGACACAAGCAUCAUUGAUAAAGAAAAAAUGGAGGUGAUCCUAGGCAAUGGUACACCCAAUGAAGAGGGCAACAUUCUGUUUGAACAGAUGAGGACCCUCACAGGAAUGUACAAAGUUGGUGACAGUGUAUACGUGAAGGCGGAUGGUGACAAGCCCCAGUUAUACCGUAUAGACCGCAUGUAUGUGGACCGGUACGGGGAGAGAUACUUUUAUGGACCAAUGUUCAUACGCCCGGGCGAGAUUGAGCAUCCUCCCACCCGUCUGUUCUUUAAGAAUGAGAUGUUCAUCUGCGGGGUUGAGGAGGCCCGUACCAUGGGAAGUGUUACGGGCCGCUGUGCUGUACUGUCAGUGAAGGAUUACUGUAGUUGUCGCCCAACUGAAGUGCCGGAGUCAGACGUGUAUAUCUGUGAAUCCAAAUACCAAGAGACAGAGAAGACUGUACGCAAACUCAACAAAGGGCUGAAGAAACACUCCUUAUCUCCAAGAGUUACAGACGAUGAGAUGUUGUUCUUUAGGAAGCACAUUAUACCACAGAAGGAGCCGUCCCCUCUCCUGGUGAAGGCGUCCGAGGACAGCGCCUACGAUGGUGAAGAGUCCCGUGAUACGUUCAUGACGGACCCACUGGAUGAGACAGGCAACACCUCCCUUGAUAACUUUACUUUUGCCUCCCACGCGGAAGUUACGCCGAAAGCGACGGCAAAAAAGGGAGGUGAAUCAGAAAGCACACAGAAGAAAAAGGGAGGUGAUUCGGAAGGCACACAGAAGAAAAAGGUCCGUAGCAAAAGGUUGCCAAAUGGUUUCGUCCUUUACUCGGCAUUUAUCCGUCGACGCAUCCAAGAGGAGGAACCAGAAAUGAAAUACUCGUUUGGAGAUUUGAGUCGUCUUGUUGGAGUAAAGCCCUGGACUUCCAGAUUUAGACAGAUACUGGAGUCUCUUUGGCGAAACCUUGAAAAAGAAGAGAAGGAAAAAUACGAGGACAAGGCUCGAAAGAUUGCUGAAGAGCAACAGGCCAAACAGGAGGCAGCAGAAAGAGCCUUUAACGAGAGCCUGUCUAAGCAACAGCAGCAGCAUCAGCAACAGCAGCAGCAACAACAACAACAGCAGCAGCAGCAGUGGACUGAGCAGCAACCUGGCACGCCCGGGCAGGCACCAAGGCCCGCAACUCCUGCUCAGCAAGGGUACCCUGGCUACGUUCCAGGCUUCAAUGGCACCCCUGGGCCCUAUGGGAGUUACUGCCCCUCUACGGGGCAGUAUAUGCCCUCCCCAGGGGGUCAAUUUGCCUCCAUGCAACCCCACCAGCUAGGUCAGUUCAUGUCGCCAGGUGGACAACGCCCGGGCAUGAUGAACUCUGGCGCACCCAUGACUCAACGACCUCAAUUUCCCGCCCUGGGUCCGGGACAAUAUCAAAGCCCGGGAGCCCCGGGUGCACUCGUCCGGCCUGGGCAGCCAUAUCCGGGUAUGACUCCUAUAUCAUACGGGCCGACCCCAGCUCAGCCCCAUGGGGCUCAAAUGGGCCCUUACCCCGGGAGUCCGGGUCCCCAUCCGGGCUUGCAUCCCGGCAUGCAUGCGGGUCAGCCAGGUCUUAUAUCUGCAUUGCAGCCAGGUCAACAGCAGAUGGCCCCACCACCUCCCCCACCCCGGCCCCCCUCCCCGAUGUUCGUUACGGUCCCCCCUCGCACACAGCGGCUCCUACAUUCAGAGGCAUAUUUGAAGUACAUAGAAGGCCUCAACGCAGAGAGUCAGACUAUCACGGAAUGGGAGAAGACUUUCACGGCGACCCCGGAGAACACGCCAUGCCCAGACGAGUCCCGUCUACCCGGGCACUGGCUCGCCCAAGGGGCUGGUAACCAUGGUAGCGUCACUGACGCCCUGUGGGCCCUAAGGGAUCUGAUGCUGAAAGAUGCUCUCAGUUUGCAACGGACCCUGCCCUUUGAGGCUCUAUAAACUGACGGGAGAGGCCAGUAUUUAUGGGCGUCUCAUUUCAAGAAGAUCUGAAUCUCAAAGGUGCUUCAUUCAUCUUCGCAGCUUGUUGUCAUGACAGCAAUAAACGUCUCAUCUUUGUUUCAUUGUUUAUAAAUACUUGAGCGCAUUUUGUUGAGAAAGUGCUUAUUUUCAAUAUUUGUCUGUAGGUUUGGUCGUUUGAACACAGUUUUGAAUCUUGUAUGAACUAGAGAAAAUGUGAACAUUGGAAAUAUAUAGCAUUCUGGAAAAAUACACAUCUUUUGACAUUUGCUUUUGUUAGAAUUGUUUACUAAUUAGUUUACUUGUUUCAAAACACUUUGUGAGCACAAAUGUAAAACUUAUUUGUAAUGAGACAACAUCUCUGUCAAUGGAGAAAUUUGAGUUUGUUUGAAUUUUAAUUUAUUUCAAAACCUGCUUAUUAUAUAAUAAAGCAUCAAAAAUGUGCAAGAAAUGUGAGACACGUUGUCUUGAAUGUGUUCUCUGAACCAAGUAUUUCCAGAAAUGUGAAAAUUCUGGUAAAGAGGUCUUGUUAUGAAGACUGAAGUGAUGAUAUGGGAAUAUUGUAUUUCUGUACAUGAUGAUAUGGGAAUAUUGUAUUUCUGUACAUGAUGAUAUGGGAAUAUUGUAUUUCUGUACAUGAUGAUAUGGGAAUAUUGUAUAUCUGUACAUUAUAUGGAAAUAUUGUAUUUCUGUACAUGAUGAGAUGGGAAUAUUGUAUUUCUGUACAUGAUGAUAUGGGCAUAUUGUAUUUCUGUACAGAAAUUGGACUUAACCCUUUACCACAUAGAUACAUAUUUUUACGCAUUUGUUGUCCCUUAGAAAGUUAAAUGUAAUUUAAGACCUUUAUUACAAAAUUCAAUUUUUUGAAGGCUUCAUUUCCAACCAUUAGUUACUAAUGAGCAGCAAACAGCAUAAAACCUGAACAGACUGUAAGUUACUGGCUGUUUGCUGUUUGCACAUAGACGUUGACUGUGCUUCUGAGUGGGAAAAGGUUAAACUGUAGUAUGACAAUAUACUCUUAUUGUACAUGGGUGAGCAGUAUUGGUUUUUGAAUGUAAAGUUUAGAGAUGGCUUACAGCUGGGCUCAGAUUCUUGAACAAAGUUCUUCUAAGUCUGGUUUCAGCCUUCAACUCAACAUGACAAACUGAACCUGUCUUGAUUAAGCAGUAUGUUAGCAGCUCAAGCAAAUAAAAUAUAUAUAGCCAUGACAUUGGAACCAGGUUGUUUGCACGCAAAGUUUUAAGCUGGUAUAAGGUUGUGGUGGUGUUUUAGAGAAAUUGUCAUCUUUGUUAAUGGAAAUUUGAAUCUCGGCAAUAUUUGUUUAAAAAAACAUUAUUAGGUUAUAAGGUUUGUCACCAUGUAACUGUAGAUCAUUUCUGGUUAUGUCCAAAACACUUCGAGUUACUCUGGAUCACAUUUCAUAAAACUCUUCAGUAAUGUAUACUUUACUGUGUGUAAUGCACAAGAACCACAUGACUAUCUUCAAGGUCAAGGUCAACUAUAUAGGUCAUAAGUCAAAGUACAGCUGUUUAUUGUCAAUUAAGUGCUUUACUGCUUUAUCACUUGACCAUACAUUGGAAGAUCUAAGAAAUAACUUAGCUUGCCAUGUCAGUUGAAUAAAGUUGAAUUCUUAUAGUCUUUUGUGUAAACUUUGUUUUAGAAUACCCAAUACUAUAUUUCAACCUUAUAAAAAAUACUUACCAGUAUGUAUUGUAUCUUGAAACAGAUUAUGCAAUUUCUGUUUUCAAAUUUGAAUUGUGUACCACUAAUUGAGAAUAAAUCAUUUAAGCAAAGAUUUAUUUUUUUUCUCAAUAUUUUACUUAAACGUUUGAUUAAAUAGGAUAUACUAAAGAUAUUUUUCAUACUGCAUGUUGUUUUGUGAAUCACACUUUUAAACCAGGUGUUCCGAAGGAAAAAACUGGUUAUUAGAUUGGCGAAUAUCGGCGGGUGGGCGGGCGGGCGGGCAGAACAAGCUUGUCUGGGCCAUAACUUUGUCGUUUAUUGUGAGAUUUUCACAUCAUUUGGCACAUUUGUUCACCAUCAUUAGAUGGAGUGUCGCGCGAAAGAAUUACGUCAAUAUCUCCAAGGUAAAGGUCACAUUUGAGUUCAAAGGUAAAAAAUGGCCAUAAAUGAGCUUGCCCGGGCCAUAACUAUGUCAUUCAUUGUGAGAUUUUAAAAUCAUUGGCACAUUUGUUCACCAUCAUUGGAUGGUGUGUCGCACGAAAGAAUGUGAAUAUCUCCAAGGUCAAGGUCGCAAUGACUAAAAGUAGAUUUAUUUUGAAACAAGGGGGGUAACUAUGAACAAUCAGUUCAGUUUGAGUUGUCUCCCUUUAUCAGACUUUUUUUUUUCAAAAUGAAAACCUGGUUUUGUGACAAUUAUGUCUCUUGUUUCAUAGAUGUUUCAUAGGUUGUUUUCUUCACUUCACUUGUGUUCAUGGGUUUUUUCGUUUGCCAGAUUUCUUUAUGUAGUAUUGUUUAUCAUGUCUGUUUUGUUAAACAGAUCAAUUCAAAGCAUGUUAAUGGAUGUUGUGCUGUGUUGAGUUUUUGUUAAAAAAUACUAUACUUAAAAAAUGGUUUUGAAAAUAGACUAGAUAUUUUUCUCUGUAAGAUAUUGAUGUUAAAGAAGUUAUGUUUUGUGAAAUUUUAUUUGAAUUUGAAAGGUGAAUGGGUAAAUAUAUGAUUGUACAACUGACUUAAAAUGUAAACUAGAUUUAUUAAAAACUGCCAUGCUAUUCAUUUUGUGUGAAGAACAUAACAUAGACAAAAACUAAUUGUUAUAAAUUAAGUAAAAUCUUUUAUUUGUAUAAUAAACAUAGCAUUUAAUGUGGUGAAAUUUAAUUACCUUUAUUAUGAAAAAAAUGUGCUGUUUGUAUUUUGUUACCAUCUAAAGUAUUGGACUAAAGUAAAGAUACAAAACAAACGACUAUUACUUACUUCAAAAUAAAGUACUGUUAUGAUUAAAAUUAUUGGGAAAGAAAAAGUAUUAAAUAAAUAUUGUUUAAUUAUAUUUUUCAGAAAUGCUUUAAAUGAAAAACAUGGUAAUUUGUAUAUCAAAUUUUAAAAGCUUAAAUGUGUAGAAUAAAGCUUCUGAAAGCUUCUGAAAGCCAGUGGCUUAUUAAAGACACUUAUGUGGGUUUUUACGACUGUGUAAAUAUUGUAUCUUCCUCCUGUGAGGAUACUUGUAUGGUGAACACAUUGUGAAAACACUCACAAUUAACACAUACUCAAUUUUGUAAAAAAUCAUUAUUGUACAAAGUAAAACAUUUCAUUUUCUCUAAUAUUAAUGCGUGCCACAGUAUUUAUAGAUGUGAACAUGAAUGCUCGUUUUUAGCUCGACUAUUAUAUAUGAAAUAUAUACAGUGGAGCUAUCCUACUCACCCCGGCGUCGGCGUUGCCGUUCCCGUGUCCGUUUGCGUGCAAAUGUUAAAGUUUGCGUACUACCCCAAAUAUUUUCACUGUCCCUUGACAUAUUGCUUUCAUAGUUUGCAUACUUGUUUACCAUCAUGACCCCAACCUAUAAACAGGAGCAGACAACUGUAUCAAGCAUUUUGACAGAAUUAUUGCCCCUUUUAUACUUAGAAUAUGCAUAUUAUUGAUAAAUCUAUGUUUAAGUUUGCGUACUACCCCAACUUUUUCCUGUGUCCCUUGACAUAUUGCUUUCAUAUUUUGCAUACUUGUUUACCAUCAUGACCCCAACCUAUAAACAAGAGCAGACAACUGUAUCAAGCAUUUUGACAGAAUUAUUGCCCCUUUUGUACUUAAAUAAUUUGAACAUUUUGCUUACAUUGUCAUAACUUCUUUAUUUAUGAUCAGAUUUUAUUAAUACUUUUUUUUCCCCUUUUUUAUUUUUUUAAGAUCAUCUAAUAAAUGACCCCACCCCACAUUAUACCCCCCCUCUUAA